GAGAUCUGGGAACUGAGUUGUUCUCAGUCGACAAGAAGCAGUCAAUAUGGCGGCCGCGCAGGUUCAGAGUGAUGAUGCUUCGAGACGAAAUGUCAAAGUUUUCGUCCAAAGGGAUUACUCGCGUGGAACCGCGUGUCGCUUUCAAAACAAGUUCCCACCCGAAUUAGAAGGAAAGCUUGAGCGUAGUCAGUUUGAGCAAACAGUAAACCACAUCAAUGGAAUCUUUGAUGAAGCUGAGAGAGUUGGUCCUCGCACAUAUCUUGAAGGCUGCUUGGGUUGUGUCACAGCUUAUCUGAUUUUCAUGUGUAUGCAGACUCAGUAUAACAAGUGUCUAAAAAGGCUAGCAGAAUAUAUAAAUGAACAGAACCAGAGUGUCUUUGUUCCAAGGGGACUGAUGAUUACUAACCCCAUGGACAGAGGACUUCGAGUUAUUGAAAUUGUGGUGGUUAACCCAUUAGAUCAGAGGUGACCAAUGAAAUCUGUCUCCAGUCCUUUGUACAUAAAUUGAUUCAGUGUGGCACUGAAUUCUGCUACUCCCAGGGACUACCAAGAGUAGCACAGAAUCUGAAAUAAGUCUGUUGGUUAUAUUCCAGCAUGCCUGCUAUAAAGCUCCUCAUAAUUAAAAUAUGUAGUAAGCUUUCUGUUUAAAACAUAUAGUUAAAAAAAACACUCUCCUUGUCAAGUCAUUAAUUAUAUAUAAAGAAAAUCAAAUCAGACAAUAAUAUUUAUCCUAAUUUGCGAUUAAAUAUUUUGCUUUAAUUUUGUUGGCCAAAAUAGGUUACAUCUGUGACUGUUUUUUCAGAUCUUUGAUACCCCUUAUUCCAAUUAGAAUUGAAGGGCUAAGUCAAGUUGAUAAGCAAUAUAUUUCAAAUGGAGAGUAGGUUCCAAUUGGAAGCAAUGCAGGCAAUGAGCUAGUGAAUGUGGACAAAAUGCGAGUAAAGGGGUAACAAUGGCAGCCUCCCACAAGCUGAUCCCCCCUCCCCCAGCAUCUGUCACACUGAUCUCUCAGUGGGGAAUAAAUAUGACAAAGAGAACUUUAAUAUCUGAACACAGGACCUCCCAGGAACCGAGAGGUGGUGGGUGGGGACAAACUGAGGGCAAAAAAGCAGCAAUGCUACUCAAAGAGAAACCACCAAGUCAAAUCUACAAGGCCAUGAUUCAAAUGUGCAUGUGCAAGGCAAUCACCUGCUGGUUGAAAACAAAUCUCCUUCCAUAUAAACUAUGAUUAUUGGAAAUCUCAUUAAAUUUAUUCAAACUUUUUCUCCUUUAACUAAGUCUGUUAGUGAAAUUCCAAUAUGGUCACUGUUCUCCUUAUGAUACGGUGUAUAUUAAUUUACUGAUAAAGUGUGGUGUCCAAAAUCAUCUGUUCUAUAUAACUUGGUAAGUAAAUACAGACUAAAAAAAACUAUCAAUGGUAAAUUUCAAAAUUUAGACCUUCUUUUGUAUUUAGUUCUUGCGGAUAUAAUUUCUGGAUCAUUUUAGCCAUCAGUUGAGGGAGCAUCCAUUAUUUAAUUAAUUAUUUUUCAUGGCUUAUUCCUUGGAUCAUCUGGGUUUUAGUUAUGAGUUGCACCGUACAUAUAGAAUGCCAAAAUAUUAAUUUUGUAUAAGUGUUAUUUUGUUUAUACAAAUUUGAUAGAAUAGUUAGCGAGUUGUGAAAUUUGUAUAUUACUUUGCUUUUAGGAGAAAGAGAAUGUGUAAUGCAAUAAAAUUAAGUCACAGGCAUUUUCAGACCCAUGGGAAGUGUUAUUUAUACCAUACUAAUUGUCAGGGCUUGAAGUGUAUUUGUGAAUACUUUACAAUAUUGAUACUGGCUUAAAUUGUCAAGGAAUAUUAAAUACCGUAUUGAAUUAGUCAAGGAAUGUUGAACAUUGGAUUAAAACCAGGAAUAUUAGAGUAAGUCAAAUUAUUCCCACAUUUUGAUUGGUUUCCACUUAUGGUGCUUUGGAGGACAGACCCACAGAUGACAUCAUGGAUUCCCUUUUUUGUUUCUUUACUAUAUAAAACAAGUAGUCUGUAGAUUCCAUGUUGCUAUGCAUCUGUGGUACAUUCUUACCACAUUUUAACAUCAUCUGUGAUGUAUUAUUUUAGGCAACAUGGAAGAUAUUUGUCUAUUGAAUACCUUUGUACAUGUAAGUACCACAUCAGGCAAUAAUCAUCUUUAUUCUGGCCUGAAAAUAGAGAUUGGUUUCUCAUGGAAAAUUGGAUUGGUAUGAUGCAUAGUAUUUAGCUUCAACGCCAAAUGAUAAGCAGUGUAUGUGAUUUCACGAUCAUGCAGUCAAAUCUGUAUUAAGUAGACAUGCUCAGGGAAUGCCCCCAUGUCCACUUAAUUAUACAGUUUUCAAAUGAAGACACUACAACCAAAAAUAUUUCUGCUAAAAAAAACAAACUCUAAGCUGUCAGUAGUGGAAUGCCAAAUAACUAAGAGCAACAAGGGUAUAAGGAACUGUUUCUUUUUCUGCCAUAUUGUAGGAGCUUAAUGCCUUUGAUUAGAAAAUACUAGUUACAUUUAUUUUCUUUUGAUGAUUCAACUUUCAUGUACUAUAUGGCAUUUAGCAAACGCUACUGAUACAAGCUAAGCUGUCAGUGAAGACUGUUUUAGAAAUUCAGCCCACAAACACACAGUUGUUCAGGGUUCAAAUUUACAUGGGCUUGGGAUGAAAGGAUUGGUAUGUUGAUCAUUGUCAGUAAUUCAAGGGGAGAAUUAUGUAACAGCUGAUCAUUUUACAAGAUUUAGGUCUUUUGCAUGCAUUGAACAUUGAAGAGUAAUAAGAAUGAGCCAAACAAAAUGUGUAAGAAACAUUUAAGAUUAAUUUUCCAUUUGACCAUAGUAGUAAAUGACCUACUGUUUUUCAUCAUUGAAGCCGAUGUACACAUAAUUAUAUGUCAGUAACAAAUAAAACCAAUUUUUCCAGUGUUACAGGUA